AUGGGAACCAUUACAGCGGAUGAAGUUAAUUUCCAGCAACUGUUGGAUCGCAGUGAGAGACUUCGUGCUGAAGGUAUUUCUUUUAAUAUAUUCAAACUUCGUGCAGCUUUGAAAGAGCUGCAAGAAUUAUACGAUCGACUACAAAGGAACAGGAAUAUUGAUAGGGAUGUUUUAAAGCAUUAUGGACAAGAUUUGCAAGCACUACAUCUUCAGAUUGAGACAGAGCAAAAAAAAUCUAUCACAGUUGACGAUGAACAGGAUUUAGCGACAGAUUUUGAAAUCGCUGUUGAAGAUUCGAAUGAAGAUAAUGCUUUUAUGAAAGCUAAAAAGAAAGCCGUACACCAGGCUGAUUUGCGCUUUCAGUUACUCGGGGGACCAGAAAGGUCAUCAUCUCUUGAUCUUGAUUUGGAUACAGAACAAAUUUCUCGGCGUGAAGUUGAAAAGCAGGAAAAUUUGAUGGGCGAAUUAUUUGGCAUGGCACGUUUAAUGAAACAAACAUAUUCAACAGCUAGUGCAGUGAUCAAAGAGGAUAAUGCAACGUUAUCUCGAUUACAACAGGCGACAAGCAAUCAUAAAGGGAGUUUGUUAAAGGAAAGCAAACGACUUGAAGAGCGUGCAUAUCGUUCGUGGUGUGAUUGUUUGUACAUUGUAGGUGUUUGUACUAUAGUUAUGUCAUUCAUAGCUAUGGUAAUUGUUAUGAGGGUUUUCACUAAAAAAUCAUCAUAA